AUGGCUGGGGGGCGGCGGGCGGCGGGGCUCGCCCUGGGCUGGGGCUGCUGCCUCCUGCUCUGCUGCGCUGCAGCCAGCAAGCUGGAGGUCUCCACACCAGCUGUGGUUGAAGUGGAGGUCGGGGGCACGGCCAGGAUCGAGUGCAACUUCUACAUCCCUGGGAAUGGUUCCUACACCUACAUCAACUGGUUCUACGUGGACCGCACCAACAGCCCGGUGAGGCUGUGCCACGUCACGGACACCGGGGUCCUGAAGGACGACACGGCCUACAAGGAGAGGCUGUCGGUGGGGGAGGACAAGGCCCUGUCCAUCAGCAAGGUGACAAUGCAGGAUGCCAGGACCUUCGUGUGCCAGGUCGGAGCGGGGAGCUCCAGCGUGGGCGAGAACCGCACCGAGCUCCACGUCUACAAGGUCCCCGAGACCCCUGAGAUUGAGCCCAACCCGGCAGGCAUCUCUGUGCAGGACAGUGACAACCCACAGAUCGCCAGGUGUGAGAGCAAGAACAGCUUCCCCCCCCCCAACAUCACGUGGCACAAGAACGGGGAGCAGCUGCAGCUGCAGGACAACCAGGUGAAGUACACGCGGACCCGCGAGUCCAGCGGGCUGUACACCGUGACCAGCACCCUGUUCGCCCCCGUCACCCGCGAGGACCGCGACUCCCGCUACCACUGCACCGUGCACUACUGGCUGAGGGGGCAGAGGCAUGCCCUGGAGUCCCAGAAGGUCCAGAUCACCGUCUUCUACCCCGCCGAGCACCUGACCCUGCAGGUCGUGCCGUCCUCGGCGCUGGUGAAGGAAGGGGACAACGUGAAGCUGGUCUGUGAGUCUGAUGGGAACCCACCUCCUGUCUUCACCUUCUUCAAGAAAGAGCUGGAUGACUGGCAGGACCUGUCAUGGUUGACAGAGCCCAACAGCGGGGUCCUGACCCUGCAUGGCGUGAACAAGAGCAGCAGCGGCGUCUACAAAUGCCACAGCCUGGACCUGGAUGACAUGACAGAGCUAGAGAAGAUUGUGGAGCUUGUUGUGAACUACAUCGAAGGGGUCCGUGUGAAGAUGGAACCGUCCUCCUCCCUUCGAGAAGGGGACAAUGUGACCCUGAGCUGCAAUGCCCACAGCCCCGUGGCCCUGAACUACCAGUGGAUUGACAAGAAGGGCAAGACGGUGGCAGAAGGGAACCAGCUCACCCUGAAAAACCUCACCUUCGAGACCUCCAACAACUUCAGCUGCAAGGUGGUGGCCCCAAGCGUGCCGGGGCUGGAGCAGAGCAAGCAGGUGUCCGUGGCUGUUCAGGGCAAGCCGCGGAUCGUGGCCCUCAGCAGCUCCCCGCUGUACGUGCGGCAGGACGAGGUGGUGAACCUGACCUGCAAGGCCAUCGCCUUCCCCCGGCCCUCCGUCCGCUGGAGCGUCAACGGCACGGCUCACGAGUACGUCGACAACCAGCACAUCACCAGCAACCUGACGGUGCGUGUGAGCCACGACCUGCUGACGACCGGGGCCAUGUGCCACGUCUCCAACGACCUGGGGGACAGCAAGAAGCACAUCCAGCUGCUGGUGGAGUCUGUCAGGAAAGAUCAAAAGACGACAGCAGAGAGCCAGGGGGUGAUCAUCGUGGCCAUCAUCGUGGCCAUCCUGGUGGUGGCCGUGCUGGGCGCCGUCAUCUACUUCCUGCACAAGAAAGGCAAGAUCCCGUGUGGCCGCGCUGGGAAGCAGGACAUCACAAGGCCAGAGGCACGUAAAGACAAGAUUGUAGUUGAAGUUAAGUCAGAUAAACUUCCCGAAGAGGCGGGGCUCCUGCAGGGCGCCAACGGCCAGAAGAGACCCGCUGCUGACCAGAGCGAGAAAUACAUCGAUCUGAGGAACUAGAGAGGACACCUACCAAGUGCUUUCUCCCUUCAAAACCUUUCCUGCUCUUGGAUUGCCUUCUCCCACCCCUGCUCCAACACCUGGGGGGGCACUGCCAGAGACCCCUGGUGUGUCACAGCGCUGAGCCCAGCGUGCAGGGGACACCUCCCUGCCCUGCCCCUCCGUUACCUCAGCCGUGGGCUUGCAGGUGUUGCCUUAGCAAAGCUGGACUCGCUUUUACUACUCCAGAGAAGCCACAGCAAUAUUAGGAAGAAAUAUCUCGUUAAGCUACUUGGUGGAAGGAUUUGAGGCUUUUUUUUUUUUUUUUUUCUCUCCCCCCAUCCCCAGGUAAUCUGUUCUGUACAUGUGUGUGUGGGGAAGGGUU